AGAGUUUGUACCAGAUAAGAUUAUUUUAAACGUCUUCAAUCUUCACUGUUCACAUUUCACAUCUCAAUGUAGAUGAGGUUAGGGUUUCUAUUAUUUGUAGCUGUUUUUAUAUUUUAUGUUUGUUUAUGUCAAAGAUAUAAUUUAAAUUGUUUUUAUAGUUUUGUCUGUUAAUUUAUUUUUAAAACUAUGGGUAUUCUCGAAAAGAUUUCAGAAAUUGAAAAAGAAAUAUCAAGAACUCAGAAAAAUAAAGGUUAUUAAUAAUUUUUAUGUAGUUUUUUUGUUUUUAUAUAACUAAUUUAUCGUAUUUUAUUUAUAUUGAAGAGUAGUUGAUGUUUUAAUUUUUGAUUUAUUCAAUUUUCCUCAGUUUCCUAUUUUCACAAUUUGUAUAAAUUGUUUAUUAUUUAGCUACUGAAUAUCAUUUGGGAUUAUUAAAAGCCAAACUUGCAAAGUAUCGAGCUCAGUUGUUAGAACCAUCUAAAAAGCAAGAAAAAGGAGAAGGUUUUGAUGUACUGAAAUCUGGCGAUGCCAGAGUUGCUUUGAUUGGUUUUCCAUCUGUUGGUAAAGUAUGUUAAACACUUGAUUUUGUUCUGUAUAUUAUAAUUUUUUAAUAUUAAACCUUCAAUUAUUAUAACAAUGUUGUUUUAUAUUUAUUUCAAAACAUUUGUAGGUUGUAUUUACAUGUUUAUUUUAUGUUGCAGUCAACACUUUUAAGUACGUUAACACAUACCGAAAGUGAAGCAGCUUCUUAUGAAUUUACAACAUUGACUUGUAUCCCUGGAGUAAUUGAAUAUAAAGAUGCCAAUAUUCAAUUAUUAGAUUUACCUGGUAUUAUUGAAGGUGCAUCUCAAGGAAAAGGACGUGGUAGACAGGUAAAUAAUUAAAUUAUUUUACACAAUUAAAAUUGUUUUUUUUUUAAUAAAAAAAAUUAACUAAUUGUUUCUAAUCAAAGGUCAUUGCAGUUGCUAGAACUGCAGAUUUAGUAUUGAUGAUGUUGGAUGCUACUAAGCAAGAUAUUCAACGUCAAUUGUUAGAGAAAGAACUUGAAAGUGUAGGAAUACGUUUAAAUAAACAAAAACCAAAUAUUUAUUUCAAGGUAGUCUUUAAAAAAUUAUUUAUUAAUAUUACAAUUUUAAGAGUUAUAGAUAUAUAACUGUUAAUAUAGAUAAAAAAAGGAGGGGGUUUAGCAUUUAAUGCUACUUGUCCCUUAACAAGAAUUGAUGAAAAAUUAGUUCAAGUUAUUUUACAUGAAUACAAAAUAUUUAACGCAGAAGUUUUAUUUCGGGAAGAUUGUACACCAGAUGAACUUAUUGAUGUUAUUUCUGCAAAUCGUGUUUACUUACCAUGCAUGUAUGUGUAUAACAAAAUAGAUCAAAUAUCUAUUGAAGAAGUAGACCGGAUUGCCAGACAACCAAAUAGUGUUGUAGUCAGGUACUUAAUUUAACAUUAACAUUGUAGAUACCUUUUUUUUAUUUUUCAUUAAUAAUGUUGAACCAUUCUAAAUUUUAUAUUGUUCAUUAUAAAAAUAAAUUUGUUUGUUUUAGCUGUAAUAUGAAAUUAAACCUUGAUUAUUUAUUGGAAGUCCUUUGGCAAUAUUUAUCAUUAAUUCGAGUGUAUACUAAGAAGCCUGGGCAACCUCCAGAUUUUGAUGACUGUUUAAUUUUAAGAAAAGGUGUUUCUGUAGAACACGUAUGCCAUUCAAUUCAUCGUACUUUAACAGAACAGUUUAAAUAUGCUUUAGUUUGGGUAUAGAAUUAUAUCUUUAAAAUAGUUAUCAAUUUAUUUGAUUUUAUGUUGGAUUUAUUUAUUUUAUCAGGGAACAAGUACAAAAUAUUCACCUCAGAGAGUUGGUUUACAGCAUAUUAUGCAUGAUGAAGAUGUUAUACAAGUUGUGAAAAAAUAAAAAUGAAUUUACUAAUAAUAAUAUAUACAUAUAUUACUUUUGAAGAUAAUUAUAAAAUAUAAUAUAAAUAUUAUUAAAAAUUAUGGUGUAUGAAAAAUUUUAAAAAUUGGACAUUAAGAUGCUGAUAUUUGCCUGAGUGGUCCAUCCAAAUAUGUGGCCAAAGUAGUUAUCUUUUCUUUAAGUAAACCAAAUUCGACUGAUCUAUUAGCAUAUAAACAUAAUAAAAUAUUUGCUACUUGUUUAAUUGCAAUUCUGCCUUCCUG